GCUCCACUAGACUACGCCACUUUGAUAGCAGAUGAAGUGUUGCUGGGCUCCAUUCCGUCCCUGCCUGACCUGAUUCAGAACCAACCCGAGACCACUCUCAACUGCAUGGCUCUGGCCCUCCACACUGUGUUGACGUCGAUGCUGCAAUCUGAGAGCCAGAGAGAAAGAGAUAUAGAAGGAGAAGGAGAGAAGGAGGGAGAGGAAGAAUGCAGCGUUCUCCUGCCUUCCCACUCACCUACUGACUCACCUCCACUCCACAUUCGGCUCUUCAACUACAAUCCUAUCACCCUAUUGAAGAAUGUGAAGGCCCCGCUCUAUGGGAAACUGGUGUGUGUCCAAGGAACGGUUGUCAGGGCAGGCAACAUCAGACCACUUGUCACUCGCAUUGCCUUCCAGUGCCUCUCUUGUCAUGGCACCCAGGUGUUGAGUCUACCGGACGGCAAGUACACAGUCCCAGUCUCGUGUCCGGAACCGGAAUGCAGGGGAAGACAGUUCUCUCCGCUGAGGACC